GCGUGCAGUGAUAUGAGAACGCGUUCACGGCAAUGGCUGAGCAGUAUCCGUGUUAAUUCCGCGUCGCUUUAAAAAAUAUAUAUACAUAUAUUUGUUCUUUUUAAAUAUUUUAACUAUACAUUUUAGUGUCAACAUGUCCGUGAGGGUUUGUUGCAAAAGAAAAACUGUUUUAUAGUUUUAAAACCGCAAGCUGGACUUCUGGAAACAAAGACUCGGCCAUACAAAGCGGCGUGUGUGAGGAAUGUUGACGCUAGCCUGUUUGUUUAGCUUAGCAUGUUAGACAAACACGUUCCGAAAUACAUUAAAUCGAGUUAACAGUCUCGUUUUUAAUCACGCGAUAGCAGUUUUGUGUAUACACUUAACCAGAAUGUGUACUUUCUAAUCUUUCAGUAUUGUCAGAAAGAACUUGGUGAUUUAGCUUUAUUUUAAAUGCUAGCUAACUAGUUUAGCUUAGCCAGUCGGCUAAUCUCAGUAAAGCGGUGUUGGAGCCGGGCUUUGGCGGAGCGGUGAAAUGGAGACCCAUAUCUCAAGCCUUUUCCCGGAGAUUUUAGCCAUGAUCUUCAGCUACCUGGAUGUUAAAGGUAAAGGCAGGGUUGCGCAGGUGUGUGUGGCCUGGAGAGACGCGUCCUACCACAAGUCAGUGUGGAGAGGAGUCGAAGCUAAACUCCACCUGAGGAGAGCGAACCCGUCCUUAUUCCCCAGCCUUCAGAGCCGAGGGAUUAAAAAAGUGCAGAUCCUGAGUCUCAGACGCAGCCUCAGUUAUGUCAUUCAGGGCAUGCCGAACAUCGAAAGCCUUAACCUGAGCGGAUGCUACAAUCUGACAGACAACGGGCUUGGACAUGCAUUUGUCCAGGACAUUCCUUGCCUGAGGAUCCUUAACCUCAGUCUCUGUAAGCAGAUCACAGACUCCAGUCUUGGCCGAAUUGCACAGUAUCUAAAGAACUUGGAGUUUCUGGAGCUUGGAGGGUGCAGUAACAUCACCAACACCGGCUUGCUCCUCAUCGCAUGGGGCUUGCACAGGCUCAAGAGCCUGAAUCUCCGCAGCUGCAGGCACGUCUCCGAUGUGGGCAUCGGUCACCUGGCUGGCAUGACGCGCAGCGCCGCGGAAGGCUGCCUCGGCUUGGAACAUCUCACUCUGCAGGACUGUCAGAAACUCACAGACUUGUCGCUCAAGCACAUUUCUAAAGGUCUGAGCAAGCUCAAAGUGCUAAACCUGAGCUUCUGCGGUGGCAUUUCAGAUGCUGGAAUGAUUCAUCUCUCCCACAUGACCCAGCUGUGGACUCUGAACCUGCGCUCAUGUGACAACAUCAGUGAUACAGGGAUCAUGCACCUGUCCAUGGGCUCGCUCCGGUUGUUUGGGUUGGAUGUGUCAUUCUGCGACAAAGUGGGAGACCAGAGCUUGGCCUACAUCGCCCAAGGACUUUACCAGCUCAAGUCACUCUCGCUGUGCUCGUGUCACAUCAGCGACGACGGGAUCAACAGGAUGGUGCGGCAAAUGCACAAGCUGAAAACGCUGAACAUUGGACAGUGUGUACGCAUCACUGACAAGGGCCUCGAGCUUAUAGCUGAUCACCUGACUCAACUGACCGGCAUCGAUCUGUACGGCUGCACCAAAAUCACCAAGCGGGGACUGGAGCGAAUAACACAGCUCCCGUGCCUUAAAGUGUUGAACUUGGGGCUUUGGGAGAUGACUGAGGGUGAAAGGGUUAGGUGAUAUCUGAUCAGGCAUCAAUUUGUGCUUUAUACUACCUCAUUCAAUGUUGUCACCAUGUUUUAAUUUCAAUUUUAUUAAAAAAAUGUGAAGGAACUUUUAAUUAGUUUAGUGUUAUGAAAUAAGAAUGCUGAACAUCUUUUGAUUGAUGUUUAAUAGUAUAUAUUUCUUAAAUGCCUUUUUAUUAGUAAGUGGAUAGUUCAAUUAUUUUAGGGUGUCUUGCGGCACAAUUCUUAAAAAAAAUAUUUUCUCACUCUCCGUUAGAUUAUACUGAAUGCCUUAAAGUAUUACCAUCAUCUUGGGAGCUUUAGUAUUGCUCUUAUAAUUAAAUAUGGAUCAGUGUUCAAAGUCAAGUGUUUUUUUCAAGCUUCUGACAGAAAAGUGAAAUAUUCUUUUUAGUAAGAUAAACAUAUGCAAUUUAAAACUGUGUAAAAAAUAUAUAAAUAUAUAUGGUCAAUUUAUUGGUAAGAUAAUGUUUGGAAUGUCUAUUUUCCUAUACUAAAAAAAUUAAAAUUGUUUUUG